AUGUCUAACAGAAAUUCUUCGGGCGUUAGUUACCAAACGGCAUGGAACAAGGCUCUCGAACGGCUUUCCCAACUUUCACCCGCACAACAAAAGAUAUUCGACUAUUUGACCCCGGAAGAGAAAGCUCUUUUCAGAGCAACUGUCAAUCCUUCUGAAGUUCUCGGAUUGUUAAAGAAACUCGAAGAUUCGCAACGUGGGGUGAAGAGAAUGAUCAACUUCAACCAAACCUUUUUAAAGCCAUUCGCACAGUUUCAAACGACUAUUGAGGCGGUUGUCCAUGCAAGCUCGGGCCUUGGAGGCCCUAUUUGGGCGCCGAUAAAGCUUAUUCUUCAGGUCUUGAUGUCCGCUGCAGCAGAGUUCGAGAAGAUAUCGGGAUUCCUCCAAGACACGCUAGGCCAACUGAAGCGGUUCGCUGCCUAUGAGAAACAUUUUCAAUCCUCUACCUGCGAGGCGCUGGAUCUGGUGCACGAUGCAUUAACACUCUUCUAUGUUGAUGUAAUUGAUCUAACGCUUGUGGUGACAAAACACUUCCGUACCAGUGUCAUAAAGUAUGUGUUUAGGAGAGCAGUGAAGACUUUUGACUCGGAUUUUGAAGAGAUAUUGUCCAGUAUGAAGCGCCAUGUUGAGGCAAUCGAUCCGACAGCAAACUUGGGUGGAAUUAUUGAAGCCAGGGAUUACUAUAAUAAGGAACAAUUCUCAGCCGUUACCAAAUGGCUCUUCUGUACUAAUCCGAAACUUCGGCAAGAGAGGAACCAGGAAAAGCAUCUUCAAAAGACGUGCGACUGGUUCUUCGAAACUCCAGAGUUCCUGCACAAACCUCAACUUAUCCCUGUCGUUCAUAAAGUCUUCGAGAGAAGUGGCACACCAUCUGCAGAUUCUAGCGUUGAUCUCUGUGUUUUAUUAAAGGAAAUUCUUGAUAUGCUUCCGCCUGUCUAUUGCGUUAUCGAUGCACUUGAUGAGUGCAACAACAAAAACGAGCAGAUGGCGAGAUUCCUUACACAACUCACAGAACGCUCAAAAUCAGAGCCUGCAGUCCUGAAAAUAUUUGCAGCUUCACGUUCGAACGAAUCACAUAUGACAGAAAGCAGGAUAAAAGAGCAUUGGUCUUGGUUUUUGGUUGCAGAGGAUAACGUAAAGAGCGACAUUGAUGCUUUUAUAUCGAAACGAAUUGACGAAUCAGUAAUUCUUCGAGAUGAUCGCCGCCGUGCAAAGGUCCGCUCGAGAAUUUCGCAAGGAGCUGGAGGAAUGAUUCUUUGGGCAAAACUGAUGCUAGAUGAACUUUCCGAAGCUGAGCCCUGGGACGUUGACAACCUUCUGGACAAAAUGCCGGAUAAACUGCCAGGCGUGUACGAGCUCAUGCUCAAGCGUCGGAUGUCCCCCGCCUCUCCCAGAGCGAAACCAUUGGAUCGAUUCCAAAUAGCGUUAUAUUGGAUUACUAUAGCACCUCGACCAUUCCUAUUAGAUGAACUUCUCCAGGCCUUAGCUGUAGCGGCGGGCCUCAGAUCUCAUGAGGAUUAUAGCCCGGAGUUCAAAGAGGAGUCGAUGAAGCGUCUCCAAAAGGCUUGCGGUUCAUUAAUCGUUAUUCUCGGAGAUACUAGCGUUCAACUUGUACAUACAUCUUUAAGACAAUACCUCUUGAGUGGAGACAUCAAUACAUUAAGUCCACACAACUCUACGAACCCCCCUCAAAAUAUCGAUCAAAUGCAGAUCCACAAAGACCUAGCCGAAACAUGCCUCCUCUACAACCAGUUUACCUGCUUCGAGAAAAGCCACUAUAGCCCAUCCUUUGAUUUCACCAUCUACUCAUUCUUAAAAUAUGCAACUAGCAAUUGGAUAUACCAUGUCACGCAUAGCAAGCCCAACGAUGAUGAUUUGUUAGACGAGAUAGGACGAUUCUUCUCCUCAAAGCAAGCCUGGCGGUGGAUUGAGCGGUGUGACUAUUACGAUAUCACUGACGGCCAUCUUCUUGUAAUGCAAUACAAACUUAGAGAUUGGGCAGAAAUAUGUAAAGCCUCAAAUCCACAGGUCGAUGUCAACAUGAUGGGUGGGUUUAUUCUAGAUAUUAGCAAGAAGCUGUUCAAUGGCACUCAAUGGAGCAGUGAUACUGGAACUGAAGAGCUGAACACAAUUUCUCGCGUUGCAACUUUAUAUAAGGAGCAAGGGCACUACACGGAGGCACUGGAGUUGUAUGAGCAGGCGCUGGUGGGGAGGAAGCAAGCCCUCGGGAAAGAGCACCCUUCGACGAUGCAAACGGUUAAUGACAUUGCAAAUAUCUAUUAUUUUCAGGGGCGGUAUGAUGAGGCCCUGGAGUGGCAUGAGCGGGCGCUAGCUGGGAGGAAGAACGCCCUCGGGGAAGAGCACCCUGAUACGCUGGGUACGGUCAAUAAUAUUUCAGGUGUCUAUUUAAACAAGGGACGGUACAAUAAGGCCCUGGAGUGGUAUGAGCGGGCGCUGGCUGGGAGAAAGAAAGCUCUCGGGGAAGAGCAUCCUGAUACGCUGAACACGGUCAAUAACAUUGCAAGUACCUAUAGUCAGCAGGGCCGGUAUGAUGAGGCCCUAGAGUGGUUUGAGCGGGCGCUAGCUGGGAGGAAGAAAGCCCUCGGGGAUGAGCACCGUGUCACAAAGGACACGAUCUACUAG